AACCUGGGCAGAAGUGGGAUCGUCUCCCCAUGGACGUCUCUCGCCAGGACAGAGGUGUUGGCACAUUAACCCUAUCGGCACUCGAGUCUCCCACCCAGCGUUAUUCCUCCUCUUCCUCCUCCACUUCCUCCUCCUCCUCCUCACCCCGUCCCUCUGAUUAAAUCAUCUUGAGAUAAUUCUGCCUGUCAUUGGAGCAGAUUAACUGAUGACCUUCUCCUUGCAAGGCUGAAUUGCAAGGCGGUUUUCUGGCUCUCUUCCUCACUUCUGUGAAUGUUGAGGGCUGCGGGUGGGAGACACAGAUGGCUUACUUGCCCUUCCAGGAUGGAUGGAAACCGUUCCAGAAGAAGGAUGCAUCUUUAAGUUGAACCUCUGCUCUCGAGCCCAGCUGGAGGGCUCACGAGUCUCCCAAGAAAGACCAACUGGGCAGAUUUCUGCAGAACCGGAGGCCUCCCUGUAACUUUGGAGCCCCCAAGUUUCGACCUGGCCCUCAGAUCACAUCCUGCAGCAAAUAUGAGGUUGCCUCCUUGGAGGAAACACGAUGUUUGGGAUUAGACCACCUUUCGGUCUCAAGUAGCCAUGGUGCUUCCUAAUUCUAGGAGCAACAUAGAAUUGCAACUCGAGAAUAGCCCCUACAUUUACAAUGAUGUCGGAGAUGAGCCGCUGAAGUAUGAUGAAUCCAGGGUCCGUAGGAAUUCCAUCCCUCCAGCUAAGAUCCCCACCGCAAAGUACAUGUUGGCUUAUCUUCCACGGCCUCCCACAGAAACAGACAGCCAUGGGAUCUCUUCUCCAAAGGCUGAAAUGACGACCCCUUCAGACAAGGGCCAUCCGCCAGCCGCGACCAUGAGCGCAAACCGAAGCGCCGUGUCUUGCAACAACCACCCGGUACCUUGCAGCGCGCAUGUCCCCAAUGUCAGGUCGGUCCUUCUGCAGAAGAGACUCAGCCUGGUGGAGCAGCCCAGCUUCAGUGCGGUCGGGCCUCCCAAACACCAGCCUCCUCUCUCCAACAGCACAGACAAGUUGCCUAAAUAUUGCUGGCCCUCCAGGACCGACCCCCUGCCGCCUUCUCUCCUGCGGGAGUUCAAUGCCCAACUCUACCCCCAGCAUGCUUUCAGCGUGCCCAACAUCAUCAACUCCUCCCGGAACAAAACCCUCACCCGCAGCGUCAUCUCGGUGCCCAGCUCGGAGAAAGGGCAGAGCAAACUCUGCAAACUCAUCGAAGACGACCCGCAGUUUAUCGGGAGGAAUAAGCACCAGAGGCAACGUUACGUGACCAAAGUCGGGAAAUGUAAGGUCAGCCUAGGCAACAUCCAGGAGAAGAAGAGGUUCCUCUCGGACAUUUUCACCACCAUCGUGGAUCUCAAGUAUCGCUGGUUCCUCUUCAUCUUCAGCAUGUGUUACAUCAUCACCUGGGUCGUCUUUGGCAUCAUGUAUUACAUGGACGCCUGGAUACGAGACGAUAUCAACCACAUCGGAGACGUCGAGUGGAAGUCUUGCAUUGAGAACAUCGACAACUUCAUCUCCGCCUUGCUCUUCUCGGUGGAAAGUCAACGGACCAUCGGCUACGGCUCCCGCAUUGUGACCGCCAACUGCUCUGAGGGAGUCCUCUUGCUGAUGGCCCAGUCCAUCAUCGGCUCCAUGAUCGACGCCCUCAUGGUGGGAUGCAUGUUCGUCAAGAUCUCCAGACCCAAGAAGCGUGCCCAGACCUUAAUCUUCAGCAAGAAGUGCGUGAUCUCCAGCCGGGACGAGAAGCUUUGUCUCAUGUUCCGCAUCGGGGACCUUCGAGACAGCCACAUGGUGGACGCAAAAAUAAGGGCCAAACUCAUUAAAUCCAGGCAAACGAAGGAAGGGGAGUUCAUCCCGCUCGACCAAUCCGAACUGAAUCUGGGCUACGGCACGGGGGAGGACCGUCUGUUCCUGGUGGAGCCGCAGAUCAUCUGUCACAUCAUCAAUGAGGUCAGCCCUUUCUGGGAGAUGUCUGCCGAGGCGCUGAAGAGGGAUCAGUUUGAAAUCAUCAUAAUCCUGGAAGGCAUUGUGGAAGCCACAGGAAUGACGUGUCAAGCCAGGACAUCAUACAUCGAGAACGAAAUCCUCUGGGGCCAUCGUUUUGAGCCCUGCAUGACCCUGGAGAAAGGUGCCUUCCACGUAGAUUACACCAAAUUCGAGAGGACUUUUGAGGUGCAGACGCCGCUGCUGAGCGCCCGCGAGAUCUACGACCUGAAGGAGAUGGAAAAUCAGGAGCAAUCGAUGCUAAACUUCUACUGGGAUCAUCUGGCCCAGCCUUGCUGUUCGGUAGAGCCCAACCACGAAGCCCAACGAGGGGGCUGCAACAACGAGAAAAGCUCCUCCAACUUCACGGAGGAGACGAGGAACAAUGAAUACCACAACCACAGUACCAGACUCUAAGCAUUUCGAACCAGCUUUCUGAGCAUCUGUCAACCCACAAGGAGGAAAAGGAACAUCCGCACACCGCUGCCUCAUAGUGCGGCUGCGUUGCAAUCCAUGGUGGAAUUGAAUGGAAAGCAGAGCACCGUCUUGUCUGGGCGCCAUUUGGGAAUCAGGAUCACAAAUUCCCGACUAAACCGGUCAUGAUUUUGGAUUAGUCCUCCAAUUGCCUCCCUUCCCACUCGGAGCUGGAACCAUGCCAGAGUCCAUGUUGGACUCCCAAGGGAUUGUCUAGGAAUUCUGAUUUCUGCAAGCAGAGAUUACACAGGUGGAACCUGUUGCACUUUAAAAAAGAAAAGAAAAGGUUAAACUGCUUUUGUAGGCAUGCCUGAUCCCUGUCCAAUGUGUGGAACUCGUCCACAGUUAUUUGAAACGUGUUUGUUUGUUUGUUUUACCACCGGGAAAAAUGGGACUUAACUUGCGCCUGUGUUCUGCAGCCCACUCGGUCCUCCUCCUCUUUGCUGUGCCCCACACAUGGCACGUACCUGGCGCUGCAGCAUGGCAAGCCACUGGCCUGGCUGCGGAAAUGAAUGUUUUUCAUCUUUUAUGGUGCCAUAGGAACUCUCACGAUGGAUGUUGUCCCCAUCCCCUUUCUCCACCGGCCCGCCUGGGCCUGCUACCUUUGUUUUAUUUAUUUAUUUUUUGCCGAACUGAUGCCUUUAGUUCCCGAACUCUCCUUCUGUACUUGUUUGCAGGGUCCGUGGUCCACAAGGCUAUCUGGAAGGGGAAAGGACCCCCCGGGAAGCA